CUAUUAAGUCUUAGCAACGAAAUUUUACGAAACAAAUUUCAUACAACUUCAGAUCAAGUUGAAAAUUGUGUAAAGCCAUAUAAACAUGAAGUUGAAUGUAGUGAACAAGAAUGGACUGAGGGCUUGAAAAGGACAAUAUCUCUUCUUGAAAAAGAAUUGGAAAGUUGUAAUAAAGCAUUACAACUUAUCAAAGAUACUAUAGGAAAAAAGAAACUUAGAGCCGCAAUUAAAUAUGUAAUUGAUGCUGAAAGAGAAGCAAAACGUGCACAGGCUCAUGCUCGUGAUUCUGGAGAAGGCAAUAUCGUUGUUGAUAACGGAAACGAUACUACUACAAACACCAAACCUCAUUCUAUUAUAAUCAAUGAUAUCAUGGAAGAUAAUGACUCUGAUCGUCAUCGUUUACAUUUCAACCCGAAAGUGAUUGAAAAAGCUCUAGAAGCAAUAUUUUUGCGAGAUCGAUCCAUGAUAUUAAAAUACCGUUUAGCUGCUCUCAAAUCACGACAAUGUAAAUCCCCUGAAAAUAAACAAUAUUGUCCUGAAGCAUUUUUAAAUAUGGUCGCCGAAAAACUUUCUUAUACUGCUGUGAUGUUCAUCCAAGUUGAAUUAUUAAAUGAAUUCUUUUUCCAAUUUCCAAGAGAAGUAGAUAAUCUGCUUGUAUAUGGUAUGAAUAAAAAUCAAAUCUUAUCAUUUUCAAAAGAGAAUCCAAAAAUACGGAAACAUUUGGAAUUACAAGAGAAAAAACGAAAGUUGGAAGAGAUUAAUAUAGAAAUGGUAUAA